AUGGAUCAUAAUGAUAGGGAGUGGGAUGAUCAUGAGUUUACUACGGAUGCCUGCAUUUUAGGCGCGGUGGUAGCAAUUAGUGAGCUAACAUAUUUUGUGCCUCGUCAAAAAUGUUGGACAUCUACGUUGUCUGGUCAUAAAUGGAUAUCAGAUUUAAUUCGAGGUAAUCAAAUCAAAUCUUUGUCUAUUUUGAGGAUGGAAAAACGUGUUUUCAUUGAUUUGUGCAAUGAUUUGUGCAAUGAAUUGUCAACAAAAUAUGGGUUAGUGGCAACACGUGAAGUUGGAUUGAGAGAGAUGGUUGGUAUUUUCAUAUAUAUUGUUGCACAAGGGGUUAGUACUAGAGUAGUGCAGGAUCGGUUUCAACAUUCUGGUGAAACAAUUCAUCGUCAAUUUCACAAAGUGAUGGAUAGCAUUAUAAGAAUGUCCAAGGAUAUUAUUAGGCUGAGAGAUCCUGAGUUUAACGUGACUCCCCAUCAAAUCACUGAAAAUGAUAAGUUUAAUCCAUUUUUCAAUGAUUGCAUUGGGGCAAUUGAUGGUACACACAUAGCUGCAGUUGUGCCUCCUGACCAACGUACUCCAUACAUCGGGAAGAAAGGAGUGACGACUCAGAAUGUGAUGACAGUAUGUGAUUUCGACAUGUUAUUCACAUUUGUUUGUGGUGGAUGGGAAGGGUCAGCGUAUGAUUCUCGAAUAUUCAAUAAAGUCUUAUCAGAUGUACAUAGCAAUUUUCCUCACCCUUCUACAGGGAAAUACUAUUUAGUUGAUGCCGGAUAUGCACAUCAGAGGGGAUAUCUUGGGCCUUAUAAAGGUGUUAUUGAGCGUACUUUCGGAGUAUUAAAGAAGAAAUGGUUGAUCCUAACUCGGAUGCCGUCAUAUAAAUUUCCUACUCAAGUAAAGAUUGUUGUUGCGUGCAUGGCCUUGCACAAUUUCAUUCGAAGGCACGCUAUUGAAGAUGAAGAUUUUAUCGCAUAUGGUGACGAAUCUGUGGUUAUUGGAAAUGACAACGACUUUGGUACUUCGGUGGACGUUUGGGAGCCUUCACAUUUAAAUGAAGAUUUAGAGAUGACCACUUUACAUGAUAUGAUUGCUGCGGAGUUAUAUGAUUUAUAG